AUGGCGCCGUCAAUAAUGAAAAAGAGAAAGGUCGACGAGGGGAUGAGGGGCAAGACCUCGAGGCCGAAGAAGAAAUUCAGAAAACAGGAAUACUACAACAGCAGCUCGUCCGAAGACGAGGAGGACGGGGGAGCUCCAACUGAUUUCGCGGCGAUAAAUCUAAACGACUCGGACAGCGACGCCGAAAAGUCGAUACAUAGCGAUGUCUCUUCACAAAACGAUGAAGCCGAGCUACAACUGGAAGAGAAGGAGGAAUUGGCCGCUACGGGAGAGUCGGAGAUGGACGACGACGAAAACUCGGACGCAUCUUCAGUUACCUCGUCGCAUGCUGGAUCCUCGACGGUAACAGGCAGAAAACAUGUGUCCAAGAGAAACGAUCCCACUGCCUUUUCCACCUCUAUAUCGAAGAUUCUUUCCACCAAGCUUCCCACCUCCGCUCGCUCAGAUCCGCUUCUUUCUCGAAGUAAAGUGGCAGCCCAGACCAGCGCAGACAUAGCAAACGAGCGGCUAGAGAAUCGCGCGCGGGCGAAGCUACGAGCGGAGAAGAGGGAAGAGCUGGACCGUGGCCGUGUUAGGGACGUGCUGGGUGCUGACAGGGGUGAAGCUGGAGAAACUGCGGAGCUAGAGAAGAGACUACGCAAAGUUGCGCAGAGAGGUGUUGUCAAACUGUUCAAUGCGGUCAGGGCAGCGCAGGUACGAGGUGAAGAGGUUGCCAGGGAAGAAAAGAAGAACCGGUUGACGGUGGGGAUGGGCGAGAGAGAAAAGGCUGUCAACGAGGUCAGCAAGCAAGGGUUUUUGGAUUUGAUAAACGACUUGGGCUCGAAGCCAAUUGAGGAAGCUUGA